CGCGCAAAUUUUUUUUUAUCUCUUUUUGUUCCCAAACUUUAUUGAAACACAACGCAUAAAUGAGCAAGCGAUCAAGAGCCACUCAAAAAGAACAACCCAAAGAAAAGCUUGUCACGGUACAAUCUGAUGUCGACGACAGUGACAGCGAUGGAUCGCUCGGCGAUCUAGUUGAAUCGUUUGCACCAAAGCCGAAACGCGUCAAAACAAGAUAUAAUCGAAUGGUGAAAGCAUCGUCAGGCAACGUGCAAGAUGACGAUAGUGACGACGACGAUGACGAUCAAAGCGAUGAAUCUGAACAAGACGACGAUGAGAGUGAUUCGGUUGUCGAGACUAAUGAAGAAGAUGCUGUUGACGACUUGAUGGACGACGAAGAUAUGUCUGAAGAAGAAGAAGUAGAGGAAGAGGAAGAAGGUGGACUUGUAUAUGCAUGUGAUAUAUGUCCUGAAAAGGUCCUGAAGAAUACGGAUCAAGUAGAAGUGCACUUGAAGAGCAAGGAACAUAAACGUCGAUUAAGGUUUAUAACGCGCCACCCGCAAACAAACGGCGAUAGUCAUCAACAUCAAGAGGAAGAAGAAGAAGACGAGGCAGAGGAUGACAGCGAAAUAGAAGAAGAAGAAGAAAGCAACGAAAGCGAUAGUGACGGUGACGUCCAAGAGAAGGAGGAAAAGAAAUCCAAAACAAAAGAAGAGAAGAAAAAGGCACGACAAGAAAAAGCAAAACAGAAAUUGAAAGAGAAGCGAAAGGCAGCCAAGCGUAGAAAGUGGGAACGUCAACAAGCAGAGAAGCAGGCACAAGAAGCGAAAGCAUCUAGUGAAAAAACAACGACCGACACAAAGUCUAGCAACAAGAAAAAGAACAACAACAGUGAUGACAAGAGCAAAAAAGUAACUGCAGAGAAGAAUGGCAAGAAAGCAGAAAAGACAAAGAAAAAUGCAAAAGUAAAGAAGAAUUAAAGAGAUUUUGUCAUUUAUACCAGUCCUACACUUGAUAACAGUAGUAAUAAUAAUAAUGAUAAUAAAUUGUAAUGAUUAUAUAUGCCACCCUUAAAAAGGGGGACGACCUGUCAAAGGGGGGAGUAACCAUGGUGAAAUGUAUGAUGUAUGGCAACAAGUUAUUAUGCUGCUGCUGCUGUUGUUG